AUGACAGCUCUUCUUUCAGACCCUUGGAGGACUGAUACUAUCAGAUACUUGCACAGCAGAAACGACGCGAAUAAGCCGGAGAUGGAAGGAUUGGGUGGGAACGUUCCUUCAAAUCAAUGCAGGAAUUUUCUAUCUCCCUCUGCAUUUGGAGCACAUCACAACUCAUUAUCUUCGGGACCUGCUUACUCAGGCGGAGAUCGGACGCAUUCUGUCAUUUCUGAAUCAGCUAAGCAAUGUAGCCCAUGCCCAGCUCCUACAAGCCCUCCAAAUCCAGCCUUCAGUUACGGCUAUCAUUUUGGAAGCAGCUAUUACAGUUGUCGAAAUGUUGGUAUACAACAAAGUGGAUUGAAACCUGGUGCUCAUGCAUCCUUAGCCGGCUACCCAGUGGAUAAAUACAUGGACGUUUCGGGGUUGACCAACAGUCCUGUCCCCACUGACGAUGUAUCAACUCGGGCAAAGGAAUUUGCUUUUUAUCAGAGUUACCCUAAUCCAUAUCAACGGGUAUCUAGUUAUUUGGACGUUCCUGUAGUUCCUACCAUAAGUGGCCACGGAGAGCCAAGGCAUGAAGCCUUACUAUCCAUGGAGGGUUACCAGCCUUGGACAUUUACUAAUGGCUGGAAUGGUCAAGUGUACUGUCCUAAAGAUCAGACACAGUCUUCACAUUUUUGGAAAUCGCCACUUUCAGGAGAUGUGAUGCACAAUCAGACAGAUAUAAACAUUUACAGGCGAGGGAGGAAGAAAAGGGUUCCCUAUACGAAAACGCAGCUUAAAGAACUCGAGCGAGAAUAUGCCACCAACAAAUUCAUAACCAAGGAAAAAAGACGAAGGAUAUCUACAGCCACCAACCUCACCGAAAGACAAGUCACCAUUUGGUUUCAGAACAGAAGAGUCAAGGAGAAAAAAGUCGUUUCCAAAGUCAAAGAAAAUAUACCUUGAUUGCACCGACAUCACUAACCAACAAUGGCGCAUUGUAAAUUAUACAUAAUGGUCUUUUAGAAACGGAAGCUACAUGAACGUGGGAGACUUUAAAGCAACAUCUUCGGAUUUAUAACAUAAAAAACCUUGAAGUGACAAGUUCUGUGAGAUGUUUUGCAAAAACUUUGCCAGAAUGCUUGAUGUGACUCAUCACCACAUGCGAACAAAUAAUACACUCAU